CAGUCGAAUUCUACAAAUGGCGAGUGCAUGCGUAUGAACAUCGCCCGGGCACCAGAGUAUCGAUAGAACAAAAUCAAGAGAACGUCAUAUUCCUGGCAUCAUCAGCAUCACUACUCCAAGGGCGAUGCCGCUUUCUUUAUUCCUCUCCCAUCCCUCCCACUCGCUAGCCUGCCUUGGGCGGAGCUGCUCGCUGCCUUCUCCAUUUCUACAGCUCGGUUUCAUUCCCAGGCAUUGUCAUUCUCCAAGAGGGACACGGACACGUGGCGCACAGGCGACGCCUCCUAUACGGUGCUGCUUCUCUCACAUGCCCCGUUUAGAAGAGGAGGCUUUGGUGGUCCCACCAACCCUCACUCAGGACUCAUCAUCAUUGCAGAAGUUGCCUCUGCAGGAUAGCCUAUCAUUUGCAAGAGCUUACUGGGUUACUAGAUCUGUCAUUGCUUGGAAUGUGGAUGUGGAAGACACUUUCUGCUAUCUAUAUGCAAGUAAAAGUGCACACUUGUUUCUUGCAGAUGAUGGCAUCAAAGGCCAGGAUGAGAGAAUUCAACUUGAACUGGACACUGGUGGUCUUCCAGAAAAUGUAAUUGAAAAAUUUCCCCACAUUUCAGAUUAUAAAGCUUUCAGAAUUCCAAAAUCUGUGGAUGUUAGAAGCUUCCUUAAAUGCCAGUUAGCAAUUGCCUCCUUCGAUGUUGAUGGGAAAUGCAACAAUACAACUGGUUUGCAAUUACCUGGUGUCCUGGAUGACUUAUUCACUUAUAGUGGCCCACUUGGGUCCGUGUUUAUGGAAAAAACUGUGUCACUUUAUCUUUGGGCUCCUACCGCUCAGGUGGUAUGUGCUUACAUUUAUAGGGAUCCAUUUGGCAAUGAUCCCUUGGGACGUGUCCAGCUUAAGGAGGUAAAUGGUGUUUGGAGUGUUGAUGGACCAAGAAGUUGGGAGGGAUGUUAUUAUGUGUAUGAAGUUUCUGCUUACCAUCCCAGCACCUUGCAAAUUGAAACAUGCAUGGUGAAUGAUCCUUAUGCUAGAGGGUUAUCAUCAGAUGGGAUGCGGACAUUGUUGGUCAAUCUUGACUCUGAUGCUUUAAAACCAGAGGGAUGGGAUGAAUUGGCCGAUGAGAAACCUGACCUUUCUUCUUUCUCUGACAUCAGUAUCUAUGAGUUGCACAUCAGAGAUUUUAGUGCCAAUGACCCUACCGUGCAUCCUGAAUUCCAGGGCGGCUAUCUUGCAUUUACCUCUCAGGAUUCGUUAGGUGUACUUCACCUAAGGCAAUUGUCUGAGGCCGGUCUCACUCAUGUGCAUCUCCUGCCAAGCUUUCAAUUUGCUGGUGUUGCUGAUGAGAAAGAGCAAUGGAAGUAUAUAGAUGAAGAUAGAUUGUCAAAAUUACCUCCGGAUUCAGAUGAGCAACAAGCUGAACUUGUGGCUAUUCAAGAGGAGGAUGGAUAUAAUUGGGGGUACAACCCUGUUCUUUGGGGGGUUCCGAAAGGAAGUUAUGCGAGCAACCCAAAUGGUCCAUGCCGUACUCUUGAAUUCCGAAAAAUGGUUCAGGCACUUAAUCGCAUUGGUCUUCGAGUUGUGUUGGAUGUCGUCUACAAUCAUGUUCAUGGAAGUGGUCCUCUUGACAGCAACUCUGUGCUUGACAAGGUGGUUCCUGGAUACUACUUACGGAGGAACACUGAUGGAUGUAUUGAGCAUAGCACGUGCACAAAUAAUGCUGCCAGCGAGCAUUUUAUGGUGGAGCGAUUGAUUGUUGAUGAUCUCCUAUGUUGGGCAGUUGACUAUAAGGUUGAUGGGUUCCGGUUUGAUCUCAUGGGGCAUAUUAUGAAACGUACCAUGGUGAAAGCAAAAUAUGCUCUAAACAGCUUAUCAAAAGGUGAAAAUGGAGUAGAUGGUUGCAAUAUCUAUAUUUAUGGUGAAGGAUGGGACUUUGGUGAAGUUGCGAAAAAUGGACGUGGGAUAAAUGCAUCACAAUUCAAUAUUUGUGGGACUGGCAUUGGGAGCUUUAAUGAUCGAAUACGAGAUGCGGUACUUGGUGGAUCUCCAUUUGGUCCUCCACUUCAACAGGGUUUCGUGACAGGUUUAUCUUUGCAGCCUAAUGGACACGACCAUGGUGAUGCGGCUGUCAUGGGCAAUGCGCUUGCAGCAUUAAAGGAUCACAUCCAGGUCGGAUUGGCUGCAAACUUGAGAGACUUUGUGCUGACAAGUCACAAAGGGGUUGCGGUGAAAGGAUCUGAAGUUCUUACUCAUGAUCGGUCGCCAGUUGCAUAUGCUCUAUGCCCCACUGAAACAGUUAAUUAUGUAUCUGCUCAUGACAAUGAAACCUUGUUUGACAUUGUGAGUUUGAAGACUCCAUUGGAGAUUACUCUAGACGAGAGGUGCAGAAUAAAUCAUUUGGCUACAACUAUUGUUGCACUUUCACAGGGAAUACCAUUUUUUCAUGCUGGUGAUGAGUUAUUGCGAUCCAAGUCACUUGACCGUGACUCAUACAAUUCUGGAGAUUGGUUCAACAGGCUGGACUUCAGCUAUGAGUCAAACAAUUGGGGUGUUGGUCUUCCUCCCAAAGGAAAGAAUGAAAGUAACUGGCCACUGAUUAAACCACGACUGGCUGACCCAUCCUUUAAGCCUCAAAAAAGUCACAUCCUUGCUGCACUAGAAAAUUUCAAGGAUAUACUAAGGAUUCGAUACUCUUCACCACUUUUCCAUUUAAAGACAGCAAAUGCAAUCCAGGCAUGCACGCACGCAUGGGGUCCAGCAAGAUGUGUCUAGAAUCAUCCACUCCUGCUACUUCCUAAGUAAUACAUAUUAUGUAAUAUGAACAGCUUACACUACCACUAAGAUUAUGACACGGAACUACCAUUUGCAUAGGGCAAGUUCACCUAAUUCAAAGCCAGGUGGGCUGCAACAAGGAACCACAUGAAGGGAGACCCCAACAAUUGAAAUGUUGUGAAGCCAACCAAAGUUUUUGUAUAGAAGCAUUUUUAUAUUCCAUUGAACUCAUUCAGGUUCACCUCACCCAAAAGGGAUGCCUCAAAAAAUAGUUUGAUGAAAAAUUCAGGUGGACCACACCACACAAAUUUAGAGGAUUUUACGUGGUUCCUUUCAUGCGGCCACCUGUCUUGGAUCAGACUGAAUUUUGGGCUGAACGGUGAACAUGAGACAUCACGUUGAGCCCUGAAGAAGCUUGACCACCGUAUGGGUACUUCUCAUGGUAGAAAUAGAAAAUAAAAGAAAUCUAGAGAAGAAAGGAGAGAGGAAGAGAAGAGAAGGAAAAUUUUGAUUAACACACACGCACGCACACAUGCACGCACAUGAAGGAAAAGUUACAGUGUUUCGUUGGGGUACAUAUAAACAUACUGAUGUAGGACCGAUGCAUGAACUCAAAUAUUGCGUGAGAUCAAGUAGCAAAAUUAAAGUAAUUAACGAAAAGCAUAAAACUUGCUAUUAUCAUCACAAAUACCAACAAACCCCAAAGAAGAUCAUGCACAAUCCUAGCCUAGGUUACCAAGCGUCGUUAUAUAAGAUCAUUAAAUAAAUGAAACUAGGAUCUAAUGGAUGUAGGGACAUCCAAUUAGCAUAGGAUAAAGCCUAUUUCAUAGUAGAAGAUCUAAUACUACCUAGGGUGAAAUUAAGGUUUGGGGAAUUAGGAAUUAUGGUUCAUGGGAUCAAAUUGGGUGAAAGGGUUAAAGGGUUUAGGUAUUAGGAUAAAGGAAUUGAGGUUUUGGGUGGAGAGAAUGUAAGUAUUAGGGCUUAAUUGAAGAAUGGGAGGAGCCAGGGUUUGGUAAUUUGGGGAAAUAUGAAACUUAGGGUUUAGGAUUUAGGGUUAGGGUUUAAGAAAAGAGAAAAGAGGGUUUUGAUUCAAGGGUGAUGGGAAACCAAACGGUACAAGAGUGUGGCCGUACGACCAACCUAAGGGUUCACACAUAUGUCCGUACGGUCACACGUGUGGCUAGAUCGUGAGGGUUUUGGUCCUUUAGGGUUUGGCUUGUUGAUAGGUAUGGAAAGAGUAAGGAUUAGAAGAAAGGUGAAAGUUUGGGAUGGAGAAGAUCAAAGAACUUUGAAAAAAUACAUUGAUGGUGGAUGAAGGGAUGAGAAUGUGGGGAUAGAUGGAGACCUCGCACUUCCGUUGAUGAAGAUUAGCUUCACACCAAUCUCCCUUCCAAUUCACAUGGAAGACACCUUCAAAUCACAUGAAGAUGGAAGAAGAAGAAAAGCAAGGACCCUUCUCUUUUGUUCUUUUUUCUUCUAAAAAACUAAUGGGGAGAAAGGUCACACGCCCCCCUCCUUUACAACUCCAACAACUUUCAAAAACUACAAUUCCAACUAUCUUGUGAAAUUUAAUGAAAAUGGCCCUAGUCUAAAGAAAAUCAACUAGAAGCACUCAUAAGGUGUCUAAACAUAAAAUAAUCAAAAACUAAAUCCUAAAAUAUGAUAAAGUCUAAAAACUGAUGUAAACGAUCCACGAUCAAUGGCUCGAUCAUGUGAUCCAUGCGAUCCAAUGGCCUGAUCGUCACGUCCCUCCAAUCUAAAGGUCUAGAUCACUUCGUAAAGCAGCCUAUGUGUCUCUUCCCAGUGUGGGGUCUUUCAGAUGCCCACACAUGCACAUGGGGUCUUCAACACGAUCAAAGGUACUCGCCUAGCCACAAGAAAAUCAGUCUCCUCCUCUAAUACGUACGCAAAGGUGUACGUGAAGUGAUGUCAUCAUCACAUACACACGCGCACACAAAUUACAUAUUUUUGCACACUCUCCCUCAAGCUGGAGCAUGUAUAUUGAUCAUGCACAGCUUAGAAUACAUACAAAGAUAAUAAAGAUAAUGAGCAUGGAUCACAAAUCCCCCUCAAGCACAACAUGGUGGAACAUAGACUGAAGCUUGCACUUCCUUCAUCCGUAGAAUCUUCUCUUUAAAUACACGGCCAUAACAAAACUCGAUAACAAUCGAUUCAAUAACAUUCUCUCACAAAUAUGAAUGUGCAUCACAUGCAAUACUCGAGAGAACAAACACAAGGUCAGGGUACAUCAUGUGCAACUACACUCACAACAAACAACAGGUUGGAGGGACACUCACACCAUAAACAGCCCCAAUAGAAGAAGGGAAGAUGAACUAAGAAGGAAAAAUUCACUACUUGUAAAGAAAUUCCCAUAUAGAGUUGAGUGGAGCAUAAUGUCGAACACCUUGUGUGCACCGAAUCUUCUAAGCACCGUGACGAGAGUAUCAACAUUGCAAUCACCAUCAACACGAUUUUACACGGCAUUUUACAGCCCCACAACAUCAAAUUGCGAAGGAGGAAAAUCCAGCAAUAAAACUCACAAAAUAAGAGACUACGACACCCAUUCCUCACAAAAGAUGUCGUAAUACCUCCAAACCUCGAUGAAACUUCACGAAUCUUGUUCCUGGUGAUUGCUCUUGAUCAAUCACACCUACCCCUUGGAGAAAAUUUGUUCAAAACUCCUUCAGAAAAGCAUCACAAUAGAUGGACCGAAAUCUAGAUUUUUCUUACUUUUUCUUCAUUUUUUGCUUAAACACCAUGAAAAAUACCUCUAAAAAAUAUGAAAAAAUCAUCAUUAUUCCUCUAAAAUCCCAAUCUAACAAAUCCUACACCUUCUGCUCCAAAAAGACGGGCCAGCCGUAUACUGUUGACGUCAUCCAUGCACACGGACGAAGUCAGCAGUGGGCCCCACUACCAUAGGUUGCGGUCAAAUCCCGGAUCGGAUGUUUUAAUACCAAGUAGAAAAAUAAAAAAAUAA